AUGUCGGCAAUAUGUGAGGAGGAUGAAUCGGUGGAGAAAAUCAUAUUGCCAGAAUCGUAUAGCUGCCAAUCCUCCAACAAUUCACUGUCGAAUUCGAGCUUACGAGCGCCCGAUGAGGUUGUGCAGGCGUGUGACACUGCUGUAGCGAACGGUCAUGCAGAGGCAAAUGGCACUUAUUUUGAUUUGCUUAACAACGAGGAAGAAGAACGGUUACUCAAUGACUUGUCACCAGUGCAUAUGGUCGACAAUAGACCGCGGAGUGGAGCUGCGGGGAGUCCAAAGUGA